AUGCCUUCGACAGUGGGACUCAUCGCCUUCAUGGCUCUCGCCCUCACUGCCUUGGCCACACCGGUGCCUUCACCAGAUGGACUCCUCGGCGGCGUCACCGGUGCUCUUGCACCCGUCACCAAUACCGUCUCAGGCACCGUGGGAGCAUUGGUUGGCAGUGUCCCCGCCCUCCUCGAAUCCCAAUGCAACAGCCAAUUCAGCAAAUGCAACGUCACCGUCAGCGGACAAAUCGAGAAUCUUUUGACUGACGGAAGCAGCUUUGCUGGCAGGGCUUCGGUCGCAGGCUGGGUCCAGAACGGUCAUGCUUAUGGCGGAAUUCAAUUGGCUGGAAAGGCUCCUCUGCCAUUUAACAUCAAAUGCGACACCGUUGCGAACGUAUGCUUGGGCACGGUCAGUGGCAACGUGACACAGGUCUUCGCAAAUGGGAAAGAUAUUGCACUUUGGGGCUGGCUGACGCCCAGCGGUCAUUGUGAUAAUGGUACUUGCUACGGUAGCGUCACGGCGCUGGGUGACCCUGCGUACUAG